AUGUCUAGCGGACUGGACAGAACGUGGACGGCGCCCGAAAACCGGCCUCGACGAGCGGUGCGGGAUGCGUUAAGACGUGCCAACUCGACGCCCGAAGACGACAAUCGCCAGUUGUUUUCUUUUCACUUCAUGGAUGACCAUGCCACGCACCACUAUCAUGCCGAUGCCUCACGAGAUGUCCUUGACGAGGUAUCAGCCACCAGCGACGAUGACGCGUCCAGUGUCGAGACAGUAGGGGAGGUGAGGUUCGGCAUUCGAGAUACUCGAGAUGUCGAAGCAGAAUUGCCCGAGCUGAAGACUGAAAGAUCUGCAAGAUCAGUCAAAGAUCCCAACUUGGUGACGUGGGAAGGCCCCGAGGAUCCUGCAAAUCCCAAGAACUGGAUAUACCGAAAGAAAUGGGCCGCCACGCUCAUUGUGUCGGCUUUCACCUUCAUCUCGCCCGUUUCGUCGUCGAUGGUUGCGCCUGCGUUGACCAAGAUAGGCGAAGAUCUGAACAUUCCAGCCGGUAUUGAAAGGUCGCUCACUCUUUCCAUCUUCGUGCUCGCCUACGCCAUUGGACCGUUGUUUCUGGGGCCUCUCUCCGAAAUCUACGGUCGAGUCAUCGUGCUACAGUUAUCCAAUUUGUUCUUUCUAGCAUUCAAUAUCGGAUGCGGGUUUGCGCAGACCAAAGGUCAACUCAUCGCGUUCCGGUUUCUGAGUGGUUUGGGCGGUAGUGCUCCGUUGGCGCUGGGCGGCGGAGUCCUCAGUGACUGCUGGCGUGCCGAGGAACGAGGCAAAUCCAUCAGUAUCUACUCCCUAGCGCCCCUCCUCGGUCCUGCCGUGGGACCCCUGGCAGGUGGCUUCAUCGCCUUAAAGUCGACCUGGAGAUGGUGUUUCUGGUCGACGUCAAUCGUCGACGCUGGUAUCCAGGCGGCCGGUUUUAUUUGGCUGAGGGAGACCUACGCGCCGAAACUGCUCGGCUUGAAGGCCAAAAGACUCCGUAAGGAGACGGGUAAUGCUGACCUUCAUACUGAAUGGGAGCACCCUGAUAGGACAUUGGCAAGGGUUCUCAGGGCAAGUCUGAGUCGACCAUUCCGUCUGCUGGGAACGCAACCUAUCAUCCAAGCUCUCGCCGUGUACAUGGCAUACCUCUACGGACUCAUGUAUCUUGUUCUUUCCACCUUCCCAACGGUCUGGGAGGAAACCUAUCAUGAAUCCGUCGGAGUCGGCGGCCUGAACUACAUUUCCCUCGGCGUUGGCUUCUUCCUGGGCACUCAAAUCAGUGCACCUAUCAAUGAUCGAAUCUAUCGCAGAUUGAAGAAACGAAACAACAAUGUGGGAAAACCGGAAUUUCGCGUGCCUAUGAUGAUACCCGGGGCUAUACUUGUGCCUGUGGGGCUCUUCCUGUACGGCUGGAGUUCAUACGAGCAUACUCACUGGAUUGUACCCAACAUCGGUGCGGCAAUCUUUGCCUCAGGGACCAUCCUGGGCUUCCAAUGCACACAGACAUAUAUUGUGGACGCCUAUACCCGUUAUGCUGCUUCCGCUAUCGGCGCCGCCGUUGUCCUUCGAAGCUUGGCCGGGUUUGGAUUUCCCUUGUUUGCCCCCUAUCUUUACAACGCGCUACAUCUUGACUGGGGCAAUUCGCUUCUCGGCUUCAUCGCCAUUGGCCUCGGAAUUCCAGCACCUUUUCUGCUCUGGAGAUUCGGCCAGACACUGCGCGAGAAGAGUCCAUACGCUGCGGGAUAA